AUGCUUGGCGAAGUCGACCUUUCUGGUAACUCCGCUCUCCAGCGUUUCGCGGCUCUCGCGGCGGAAGAAGCGGACAGAGCGCGAGGCACGCCGCAUUCCUCCAUCGCCGCUGCCGCCGCCGCCGCCGCCGCUGUCACGAUCAUUUCAGAUGUGAGAUCGUUCCCGGUAAUCCCGGAAGAUACGGCGACUUCAGAAACCCAGUCACAGCAGCAUGAGGAGCACGGGUUAGGGAAAUUGCAGACGCGCAAUGAGGGAGCAGGAGCAUCAGGAGGAUCAUACCAGGAGCAAAAAGCUUUAGGUUUUGGUCCGUCAGGUCCCGCUAUUCCUCCUGCUGUUCCUCCUGUUCCUGGUUCUGCUGCUGCUUCUGCUGCUGCUGCGUCCUCUGCGUCAGUUCAUCCGUUACACGGCGUCGUGACUGUUCCGGACAUUCCGCUUCUUUUGCUGCGGCUGAUCGAUGCAGCGGCUCACGAGGGCCACCCGAAGGCGCUAACGAAACUUCGCCGAAUUGCAGCUGGGUUGGAUACUUUGGAGAGCUUUACAAAAGGGAGGCGCGGGGAGGGGAAGGCGGGGAACGCUGAAGAGAAGACAGAAGGGGAAGAGGCCAAAGGGGUGGAUACCCAAGGGGAUGAAACCAAAGGCGAAGGUGUCUCUGGGGAGAAGGAGGAAGAUGCAGAAGAGAAGAAUGAUGCUCCAGGUCACGGUGACGAAUCUGAUAAGGGCGAGGGAGCGAAGGAAGGCGAGGGAGGGACGGGGAGCGAGGCUCGCAAAGCAGGAGGUGAUGGGGAAGCCGCGGUGGCACAGACCGGGGAGGAGCUAGGAACGUUAGGGUCGUUAGGGAAGGAGGAAACGUCGAGGCUGAUUGUUGAGACUCUACUGGCGAUCAUGGGGGGUAGGCACGAGGAGGAGGAGAUAGGCCAGGCUGGGUCAGGCAAAGGGGAGGGCGGCGAAGGAAAGGGAAGCAGAAGCAGCGGCAAGAGUAGCGGCAGCAUGGGUGGCAGUAAGGGAGGCAGUGGAGGCCAGGGGUGGAUGAAGGGAGGAGGGCCUGUGAUCAUGCUCACUCCCGAAGGUGCUAGGCUCGGCGCGUGGCUGCUGCCGUGGCUGCCAUGCCACGAGCCUGCUGCUCACACUCCAGACGCUGAAACCGAACCUGCAGCUGAGAAGGCUGAGAAUGCAGAGACAGUUGAUAAUUCUGAGACUGCUGAGAAUGCUGAGAAUGCAGAGACAGCUGAUAAGCCUGAAACUGCUGAGAAUGCGCAAUCUCAGGCGAUCCAGUCAUCUUCAGAUAGCGGCGGCGAUCCUGCCACGUCAGCUGCUGAGUCACCCUCUUUCGAAUCCCCCGCUGCCGACCCCCCAUCGACUGACUCCUCAGAUACAUCUGCAGUCCCUUCCGCUAUAAGCACAAGCACCACUGCUAAACCUGCCACUCAACCCGCCCCAGAGCCACCAGCUAAACUCAAACCCGCUGCUCAGCCCCAGGUGUCUCCCAGGACGCGCAUGGCGUGGGGCAUAGCCCGCGUGCUGCUCUCCUGCACGCGCAACCGCGCCCUGUGCGCGUCCAUGGGGCUUGUGAGGGCGCUGCUGGCCGCUCUGAGGGUGAUUCUCCUGGGAGGGGUGGAUGCACAGGGGCUGCCGCCUGCUGCUGCUACAGCUGCCGCUCUGCUGCUGCCAGGGAGGGCAGGCACCACCAGCUUGACGAAUAACGGCAGUUCUGCUACUGGUAGUGGUAACAGCACGAGCGCCGGUGCAGAUGAGACAGCGUGUGAGGGUGAGUCAGCUGCAGUGGUACCAGCAGGGGUGCCAGCAGUGGUGCCGCUGUUUGGAGUGGCAGAUGAAGCAGUGUGGGACUGCUCGCCUCUAGUGACCGCUCUGGAGUGCCUAGCAGCACACUCUCUCAACGUUGCUGAGCUGCAGGACUGGGUCCGAUCCACCGAGGCUCUUAUCCUCCCUGCUGCCCCACCUGCUACUGCUGCUGCUGCUGAGGUUUUAGACGGCCCCAGCAGCAGCCCUUGCAGCAGCAACAGUGGCAUAGCUGGUAGUGGUCGUGCUGCCCUACUGCUGACAGCUUUGGAGCGUGCCAUGGCUGGGGAGGAGGCUCGGGGGCCCUCCCAUUCCUUCGAGCUGGAUGGCCGAACCUCCGGGCUGCUAGGUCCGGGCGACAGCAAGUGGCCCUUCAGUAACGGCUACGCUGUCGCCACGUGGCUGUACGUCGAAUCGUUUGUCGACACGUCAGCGUCGGCGAUCACCGCAGCAGCCAAAGCAGCGGCCAUUGCAGCAGCAAUCACGGCAAAGGGAGGAGGGAAAGGGUCCGCUCAGGUGACUGCUGCUCAAAUCGCUGCUGCUGUAGCAGCUGCUAACUCCAAUAUCCUCCAUUUGCCUCGCCUCUACAGCUUCUUAACCAUCGAGAACCACGGAAUAGAGGCCUAUUUUCACAAAGACACCCUCGUUGUGGAGUCUAAUUGCCCCUGGACCGGCAUCCGAAACGCGGUUCGUUUCCGGCACACAUUCCUCCCCCGCCGCUGGUAUUUCCUAGCCCUGGAACACAUCUUCAAACCGUCUCUCAUGGGUAAAGCAGAGAGUGAAAUCCGGCUGUAUGUGAACGGACGGCUGAUUGAGUCCUGCCCUCUUGAUUUGCCCCGAAUCUCCAAUCCGUUAGGGUUUCUCUGCAUAGGCACCAACCCCCCUUCCGGACUGCUCUUGAACUCCUCUCAGAAACAGACAGGACCCGCCGCCCAUCAUCACCAGCAGCAGCAGCGGCUACAGUGCCCCCUGUUCGCCGAGCUUGGCCCGGUCUACAUCUUCAAGGAGCCAAUCGGAAGCGAGAGAAUCGCCAGGCUGGCGGUGCGUGGGGGGGACCACCUGCCUGUGUUUGGGGCGGGUGCGGGGGCACCGGCUCACAUGGGGAGUGAUCUGAUGAUGAGAAAGGCCGAGGAGUCAUGCAGUCUAGAUGUGGACCUCGCACCCAGUAUCCACCUCCUGUACCACCCCAAGAUGCUUCUGGGAAGGUUCUGCCAGGACGCCUCGCCUGCCACUGCAUCUGGCGUGCAGAGGAGGCCAGCAGAGGUGGUGGGGCAGGUGCAUGUGGCAGCGAGGCGGCGAGCUGCCGAUGCUCUCUGGGCCGCAGCAGAGGGCGGGCCCCUGGCCCUGCUGCCGCUGUGCAUCGAAGCCUUAGACCUCCACUCCAUGGCACCGCAGGUUCGCUCGCCUCCUCUCUCCCUCUCCGCCUCUCAGCUUCUCCCCAACGCCCUUCGCAUCAUAGCCCGCUCCCUCCGCCGCCCGAUGAACCGGGAAGAACUCAAAGGACCCGCGCCCGCUCUCCUCUCCCACCUCCUCCACUUCGUCCUCUCCUCGCCACCCACUCUUAACGAAUCAGCUUCUAACGAAUCAGCAGCUGAAGAUACUAGUGGAUCUAUUGACAACUCCAAGGAACAUUCAAUGGAGAAGAGUCGAGAGCGAGAGCGAGAUAGAGAGCGCGAUAGGGACAAAGAGCUGGUCCACGCGUGCAUGCUCCUGGCCCACAUGCCCCGCCCUGGCGACCACCUGAAAAACCACCUGAUGGAGCACCUGCUGCUGCACCUGCCUCUCUGGGCGCCCUCCCACCUGAGCACGCAGAGGGCUCUCCUUGCAGCCGUAGGGGACGCGGUCUCUCUGGAGCUGCAGGCUCUUCAAUCAGUAGGGGCUGUAUCUGGGGCCCUGCUUGCAGCCGUAGGGGAUGCGGUCUCUCUGGAGCUGCAGGCGCUGCAGUCAGUGGGGGCUGUCUCGCUCCUUCUGGAUGGCUGCCGCCGCUGCUACUGGAUGACCUGGGAACCCUCCUCUGUGCGCCUCUGCACCGCCAGCUGGCAUCCUACCCGCCCGGCUGCACUGGUGAAGGGAGGGGCAGGAGAAGCGGGAGGGGCAGGGGGUGGGGAGUGGGGGAGGGAGGAGAUGCAGGAGGAGCGGAUGGGGAUGAUGGGGGAGGUGAACGGCAUGGUGAAUGCGGUGAUGGGGGCGCUGGAGAAGCUGGUGUGUGCUGGCGUGGGGCUGGAUGUGAUGGGCGCAGACAUGCGUGCACUUGUCUCCUUUGCCCUCCAGUGCCCUCAGCCCAACCAGCCCAACAGCAGCAGAGCAUCAGCCUUCAUGGUGCAGUUCCUCGCGUCAGGCGGAGCAGAGAUGCUUCUGGCGCUGCUGCUGCGAGAAACCCAGUAUGGGGAGACCUACCCGGUCAGUUUCCCGGCCAAAUCCGGCAGUCGGCCAAUCAGAAGGCGUCUGGUUCCGGUUCCGGGCGGCGAAGGCCUUGAAAAUGAGGCUGGGGAGGGGAUAGGGGGAGUGGAAGGGGGCAGGGAGGGGGAGUUAGGGGGGAAGGGUGAGGGUGAGGAGGAAGGUGCACGGAAGGUUCUGGUGUUUGAGGAUGGGAAGGGAGGGGCAGGUGAGGGGCAAGGGGGGGCGGAGAGCGGGAGAGAAGAUUCAAAGGAGGGAGGGGAGGUGGCAGAGAGUGGGGGGAAGGAAGGUGAGGAUAGGGGUGAAGGAGAGAGGGAAGGACAGCAGGAGAAGGGUGAGGACAGUGAAAAAGCUUGUGGGAAAGAUUCGAUUAAGGAGGGUGAAUCUGGGGAAGGUAUAUCUGAGGAGGGGGACAAGAAAGAGGAUGUUUCUGAGAAGGAGAAGAAACCGGAAUCAGCAGCAGGCAAAGAGGGCGGCAAGAGAGGCUCAAAGGCAGCAGCAGGAGUAGGAGGAGGAGCAGGGGCAGUGGGAACAGGAAGCAGGAGUGGCUCCAGUGGUCUAUCACAGGAUGCAGCAGGUGGGGAGCAGUCAGGAGCGGGCAAAGAGCAGGAGAGGGGUAUGGAAGAAGGUGAGGAGGAGGAUGGGGAGGAGGACACGAGGAGGGGAGUAGCGGAGGUGGCAGCAGUGGUGGCGAGGCUGAGGGCGAAGCAGGUGUAUGAGGACGACGCAGAGGAGAGUGCCGUGCAGGUGACAAAGGAAGGGAUGGCUGUGCUUGCUCCCUGGGUGUGUGUGUCUGUGCCCCGCUUGGCCCGCACUGGCCCUGCCUCUGGUUCUUCCCUUGUGAAAUCUGCUUCCAGUCAUGCGAGCGGCGCUGCUGCUGCUGUGGCGGCGGCGGCAGCUGCUGUUGCGAAAGUUGCAAGUUGGGAUGGGGGAGGCGGCAACAGGGGUGUUGGUGCCAGCAGCAGUGCAGGUAGCAGCGGCACAAUUGUUAGGAGUGGCAGUGGUCAUGCCUCUGCUGGGCUGCUAGCAGAUGCCGGUUUCCUGCGCCUAUCCGACCCGUCAGUUCUAGGAGUGGUGCCGACUACACAGGGGUUGGGAGCGGUGGUAACGGAGAGGGCAGGGAAGGACCGCAGCAAUGUGGGUGCGUGGGCGGUGUAUGGCGUGCAGAGAGCUCUGCAGGUGGCGCCUAAGAGGCUGUUCACGCCUGCUGUGUACCAUGCUCUCAUGACUGCUGUGCUCAGAUGCAAGGCCGUCGAUUCUCCCUCCGCCCUCCUCCCCCCGUCCACCUUCAUAGCCCCCUGGGAGCAGCAGCUGCUACUAGCUCUCCUCCGUGCGCUGCCCUCUGCCGCGCCUCACACUCAGCUCGCGGUGCUCCAGGACCUGCUGCUGCUCCUCUCCCUCAACCCUGCCAAUACCCGUCUCCUCACCCACUCCCCCGAAUGGCCCGAGUGGCUGCUCGAGAUCCUGCUCUCGAAUCUCGAGGCCUUGCCUUCAGCAGGCACCAACCAACUAACAGCAACGCAGGGGCAGUUGGGAGGGCAGGACAAGGAGAAGGAGAGCAGUGACUUGGCCUCUACUGAAGGAGAUGGUACUGGGGACUGGCGUGCAGUGCGCAGCAGCACGAGUGUGCAGGAGGAUGUGAAUGAGCUCAUCUUCAGCUUCCUGGGGAUAGUGUUUGAGCACUGCUUGACCGUCACACAGGGCUGGAAGGUGCUGGAGGCCACUUUUCACUGCUUGCAGUGGAAGGCACUCAUUGGGGGAAGCAGCGUGGGAGAGCAGCUGAAGAGCAACCAGACAGACCCUCCCACUGCAGACGCUACAGCUGCUACAGCCGAUUCGCCUGCUACAGCUGCUGUAGAUUCUGCCUCUAAUGGUUUCGGGUGGGUGGCCGAGUUCCCUCUCAUCGAUCUCAGCGCAGAAACCCUCCCUGCCACUGCUGUCACUGUCACUGUCACCACCUCCGCAGCAGCACCCACUUCCAGCCCAGUGGCAGGAGCAGCCGUGCACGAAUCAUUAUCAGCACCCGCAGCAGUGCCGGCAGCAGCAGCAGCUGGGAUGCAUUUCGAUCUGCUCACUGGCUCCUUCUCUCCCUCCAAUCCACCCCUGCACCCCACCGUCUCGCCUCCUCUAGCCCCUCUGUCAUCCCCACCAGGAUCAGCCUCCCUUAUUUCCCUAGACAGCCCCCAACAAGAGCGGCAGGAGCGGCGGCUACAGACACAUGCAUCGCCAUCAGGCCUCGGGUCAGCAAUAGAGAGGAACCGCAAGAAGCACAAGCCCAGGCGAUUUAAAGCCAUUCAGUCUGCCUUAGCUAGCUACGGGUCUAUCGUCCAAUCGCUGCCUGACAGCUGGCGCCGGAGAUCUCGGCUGUGGUUUGGAGAGGGUGUGGGGAAGGAAGGGGAGGAGGCAGUGGGGUGGGGGGGUGAGGGAGGAGGGAAGGGGGGGAAAGGAGGGGAGGCGGGUGGGAGUGAGGAGGGGAGCAGAGCAGAGGUAUCUGCUUUAGAGCAAGUGUUAUUAGAGCUUGCUGAUCCUAUAGAGGAGGAUGAGGAGGAGGACGAGGCAGGGGGAUGGGUAGACCUACGCCUAGUGCUAAAGGGUGUGACUAUACUGAAGGGUAUGCUUCUAGAGAAGGAGGGGGUGGGAGCAGCGGAGUCUGGCGUUUUGGCUGUGCUGGGAGGGGUGGGGGCAGGAAUGAGCGAGGCUCUUAAAGAGAUAUUGGAUGAUGAUCAAUCGCUUGUGACUAUAUUGAGGGUGGUGUUGGUGGCGGCUAGGGAGACGGAUGGGGGGGAGAUGGGUGGAGAGCUGAUCAGAAAAGGAGUUCGGGAGGGGGAGGAAGUUACGGAGAAGGUUCUGAGCUCCUUGCUGUGGAGAAUCCUGGCGCCGCUCCUCACCACCUCUCGCCUCGACCAGCGGCAAAACGGCGCUCUCUCCAUCGCUGCUAUUCUGCACAUAGAGAUUAUCCAUUCAAUCGACAGCGAUCGCACCAUCCUGCGCCCCACCUUCCUCGCCCUCCUCCUCCCGCCCUUCACCGCCCUCCUCCGCAAGUGGCGCCCGUCCCUCCGCUGCCUCCGCCUCCUCUCCGACCACACAGGCGCCUCCCCCUUCUCAGACCCCAACACCCCGGCUCUUGCCACCGACGCCACUCCUACAGAUGCUGCUCUUGCAUUCCUCUCUCCGGUGUGGGUCGCCGCGUUUGCCUCGCCGCCUGCUGCUGUCUGCCUGGCCGCCAGUGCUGCUGCCACAGGCCCUGCGGCUGUUCAUGGCUCGGGUAGGAGCUGGAACAGCAGCAGCAGGAGCGGCGGUGGUGGUAGCGGUGUGGGUGGUGCAUUUUUCGGUGCUGGUGCUGCUGCUGGAAGGAUGGGGCGAGAGAGGAAGCUGGGGCACAUGGAUAGGCUGUACGGGCUGACAGAUGGCAGGCCGGGAGUGGACGGAGUUCCCGAGGCCGCCACGUCAGCGAAGCGGCGGGAGAAGGGGGAUAUCCUGAGGUCUGGGCGGUGGAGCCUGUGGGACUCACUGGAAGGUGCAUGGGUAGAUGUGACUGGUCUCAAACACCCUGCCCUCAAGCUCUCUAGUCUCCUGCACUCCUCUCCUGUCAAGGGCAGCAGCGACAGCAGCAGCAGUGGCAGCAGCAAGAAGGAGUGGGAUGAGGUGGAGAUGAGGUAUAGCAUCUCCUUGGGACCCAGAGUGGGUGGGCUGCAGCUCUACCUCUCCUCUCUGCUCGACCUCCUCGACUCACAGGUCGGUCAGCCUCCCCCAGCUGUCACCUCCACAAGCUGUCACCUCCCCCAGCUGUCACGUCCCCCAGCUGUCACCUCCCCUCCCUCCCCUACCUGUCCAACCCUGCAAGAAGCGAAGCUCCACUCACCCAUUGUGAAGGCUCGGGCGGCAGGGGCGCGCAUGUGGCGCUCUCUCAUUCGCCAGCUGCUCAAGUCCGGGCGGCUGUGUGGCGCUCGGGCAAGCCAUGAAGAAUUUUCGCUAUCACAAGCCGUGUGGCAGUUGGAUCGCAUGGAAACCUCUCUGCGCAUGCGCCGGCGUGUCAAGCCGUGCUUCUCCUCCACAACUGCUACUGCCACGCUCCGUGCUUCUGGUCCCCACGGGGCCAUAAAGGGUGGUGCUGCAGCAGCAGAAGAUGCCAUUGCAGAUGCCAGUACUGAUGCUGCAGCUGAUUCUACAGCAGGAGCCACAGUAGAAGACACAAGAACGAGUGCUGCAGCAGUGGAGGAGGCGGUGCAACGGCUUGGGGGAGCUCUGCCCGCACCGCUAGGGGGGUUCAUGAGGGGAGGUGUGGGGAAGGGGGGAGAGGAGGGGGGAGCGGAGGGGGAAGGGGAGAAAGAGCAGGAAAAGGGAGAGGAGGAGGAAGGAGGGAAGGGAGGAAGAGAGGGAAAAGCAGAGGGGGUUGGGAAGGAGGAGGGAGGCGAGGAGGGAGGAGUGGGGGGAGACGGAGCUACAUCAGGGGCUGCUGCUGAGGAAGAAGGGCUGGGGAGUGCAGUAGCAGAGGAGACUGUAAAGAGGAAAGAGGUGGGAGAUGGUGUUGUGGGUGGUGUGGAAGGGGGUGCGAGUGGAGGGAAGAAGCAUAAGGCAAGUGGAUCGUCUAGAGGUAGGGAGAAGAGGGCGAAACCGGGCGGCGUGGAGUGGACGCUAGUGGCGGAUGUGGACGGCGAAGAGGUGCUGGCUGACGUGGCAGCAAUGAUGGUGCAGCCGCUGCGAACAGUGAAGGGGCGGCUGGUGGUUACCACCACUCGCCUCUGGUUCCACGUGGAUUCAUCUGUGCCGUUCCGAGAGAGAGGGUGCGGAGGACAGGGAGAGAAAGGGGAGAAGAGUGAGAAGGGAGAGAAGAGUGAGGUGGGUGGAGGAAAGGAGGACGGUGGACAGGAUGAAGCAGAAAGCACUCGGAAGGUUUCGGUUUCGAGUAGCAGCGGUGGCAACGAGGGGAAGGUGGGCAGCAGCGGAGGCACGAUGAGAGGAGAUGAGGCUGUGUGUGCGAGCAUGGGCGAUCGCGUGUGGCGGCUCUCAUCUGUCCGCGAAGUGCUUACUCGACGCUAUCUGCUGCGUCGUUCUGCGCUGGAGAUAUUCAUGAUCGACCGGUCCAACUUCUUCGUUGCCUUUGAGGGGGCGGAGGAGCGUAAGAGAGUGCACCGCGCCAUCGAGAGGGCGCACCCGCCGCACUUCCAGCACCUCUUUUCGGCAUCGCAGCGACCGGAGACCAUUCUGGAGAAGCUUCAGCUCACCAAGAAAUGGGUGAACAGAGAGAUCACCAACUUUGAGUACCUCAUGCAUCUCAACACUCUCGCCGGGCGAUCUUUCAACGAUGUCACUCAGUACCCCGUCUUCCCGUGGGUAAUUCAGGAUUAUACCUCCAAGGAGCUCGAUCUCACCAAGACAGCCACAUUCCGCGACCUCUCAAAGCCCAUGGGAGCGUUGACUCAGCCUCGCCUGGCAAAGAUAACCCAGCGCUACGAGACGUUUGACGAUCCGGUCAUCCCCAAGUUCCACCACGGCACGCACUACUCCAGCGCUGCAAUAGCCUCCCACUAUCUAGUGCGUCUGGAGCCCUUCACCUCCCUCGCUGUAUCUCUCCAAGGCGGCAGACUGGACCAUCCUGACCGGCUCUUCAGGGAUGUGGCGAGCACGUGGAGGGGGGUAACCACCGACAUGGCUGAUGUGAAGGAGCUGAUCCCCGAGUGGUUCUGCCUUCCAGAGAUGUUUCAGAACGUCAACGGCAUUCCUUUAGGCUCAACACAGAAAGGGGAGGAGAUAGGGGAUGUGGUGCUGCCGCCCUGGGCGGGCAGUGCAGUUGACUUUGUGCACAAGCAGCGGGCGGCACUGGAGAGCGAAUACGUCAGCAGCAACCUGCACCAUUGGAUCGACCUCAUCUUCGGGUACAAGCAGACAGGCUCAGAGGCAGUGAAGGCGCACAACGUGUUCUUCUAUGUGACCUACGAGGGGGCAGUUGACAUCGACUCGGUUCACGACCCUGUCACUCGGCGGGGCCUGCAGGAUCAGAUCAAGUACUUUGGCCAGACGCCCUCACACCUCUUCACCGCUCCUCACCCCAAGCGCAUCCCUCUCGACCGAGCCCUGCACCUGCAUACCAUAUUCCGCAAGCCCAACGAGAUUCUUCCCUACGUGCUCCCGCGCCCCGAGACUCUCAACGUGCCGGCCGCCCGGCUGCACGCCACGUCAGAUGCAAUCAUAACCGUCGAUCACAACGUGCCAGCCUGUCACAUUGCCGUCCACCAGUGGCAGCCCAACACGCCGGACGGCCACGGUUGGCCUUUUCUGUUCCAGCCCGGGCGGGCGUCGCUUUCGGGCGGCGCACUGCUUCGCAUGCUGAAAAGCUCAGCUCCGGGGUUCGGUGCGGGCGGCAUAGUGGCCGGACUAGGUAUGGGAAUCGGGGGAAGCGGCUUCGGAGGUUCGGUUGGGACAGGCGGAGGGUUGGGGGGAGCUGGUUCGAGAGGGGGGGGAGUGGGAGGAGGAGCAGCAGGGGGAGCAGGAGGGGGAGGAGGAGGAGGAGGUAUGGUUUCGGAGACGUCGAUUUACCCGCGGCUGCUCGCUCUCCCUGCGAGGGGCAUCCGCCGCCCAAAGGAGCUCGUGGCAAUCACGCCGGAUGGCAAGAAUCUGAUCACGGGCGGCCAUGCGGACUGUUCUGUGAAGCUGAUCUCAGUCGAUAGCACCCGUGUGGUUGAAUCAGCAGUGGUGCACACUGCUCCUGUGACCUCCCUGAGCCUGUCCCCUGAAGGGGCAACGCUGGUUACAGGGGCAGCAGAUGGGACGGUGAUGCUGUGGCAUGUGAACACCUCGGCUUCACUCGCUGCUGCUGCUUCUAGCCUCGCUGCGAGCAUGCUGGGGACGCCAGACAGCAGUGCUGCUUCUCGAGUGCUCUCUGGAGGGCCGCAUGAUCCCGGCCUUGUGUCGUCGCCUGAAGCAGCGAGUAGGAGGGAGGUAGACGAGGAGGAAGAGGAAGAGGAGAGGGAGAAGGAGGAGCGGAGGAGGCGAGGUAGCGGCAGCAGCGAUUCUGCUGCUGCGUCUAGUCUUGCUGGUAGGAUGCUUUCUGGUCUUGCUGCUUCUAGUCUCGCUGCUGGCCGGGCAUCCAUAGAGCAGGUCAAGAAAAAGCUGAGGCGACUAGAGGGUCCCGUGCAUGUGCUGAGAGGGCAUACAGAUGAGGUGGUGUGCUGUGCCGUUUCCUCAGACCUAGAUAUUGCCGCCUCGUCUUCGCUCUCGUCGGGUGUUCUUCUGCACUCAAUUAUGCGCGGAAAGUUUCUCCGCGCACUGCCCGGGGUCGGCCGGGCAGACGUGCUCGCGAUUUCCCCCGAGGGGCUGGUGGUGGUGUGGGAAUUAGCUAAGCGCGCGCUAAGAGUUUUCACGAUUAAUGCUGAGCCGGUGGCAGCUGUGGGGGUCCCGGAAGAGGAUGGGGAUGUAAGUGCGGUGCAGAUCUCUGCGGAUGGGUUGUAUGUGGUGGUGGGGACGGAUUGCACUAGGGAGGCGUUUGAGGAGGAGGGUUUACCAAACUGGAGGGAUUCCGAUGAAGGAGGGUCCAAGCGGGAGAGAGGUUCGGCCAUUUCGCUGCUCGAGAUCUUCACUCUCAAGGCUCUGUAUCGCUUCAAGCUGCCUGAGAGCAGCGACGUCACAGCCCUGGCCCUGUCAGCAGACAACACCAACCUCAUCUGCUCUGCUUCUGUCGUUCUCUCCCCCGGCCACCUAAUCCUCUACAGUAACCCAAUCCUAAGUGUGAAGUUGGUGGAUCAGAUGCUGAGGCUGGGAUGGGAGGGAGGGGGGCUGCAAUCAGUGAUGCAGCAGCCAGAACGAGCGUCUGCUUCCCCUCCGCCCCCCACCAAAACAUCCUCCCCCGCCUCUCAAAGUGCAUCAACUUCGUCCUCGGCACGAGUGUCUGGUCUAUAUUUGUGA